GAGCUCUUCAAAGCUAUCAAACGGAAAAAGAAGGGAGCUCUCAUUAUUGUCUCAGAUUGUGAGACACCAUCGAAGCGAGAACGUGCAAUCAGGCGAUUGGGAAAAUUUACCGAAAUCACCGUCAGAGGGAGGUGCGAAGCGAAACUCUCAGUGAACAAAGAAACAAUGAGCACCUCGUGCAGAUCAGAUUGCAGCAUUGAUGACCUAAUAGCAACACAUCGAUUCUAUAUUUCGUUUGAAAAUGCUGACUGCAACGAUUACAUUACGGAAAAAUACUUUUCGCGGAUAUCACAAUUACUUUUGCCUGUUGUGCGAAAGAGACGAAUUUACGAAGCCGCAGGCAUUCCUUCGCAAUCGUUUAUAGCAGCAGACGAUUUCAAGUCGCUCGAGGAUUUAGGAAACUAUCUAAAUUUUUUGCGUAUAAACGAUACUGCAUACCUUCGGUACUUUGAAUGGACAAGACAUUUCCGGAAGCCGAACAGUUACAGAACCAAAGCAUUGUGUGAACUGUGCCGAGACAUCUACAAGAAUGAGAGGAUGAUGCUCAGCGAUAUCAAGCAGUACUAUAAAACAAAUCAGUGCUUCAACUAA